UUACCAUGGUCAGCAGACGAAAAAAUCACCAAACUUGAAAAAGUAUCCAAAGUCUGAGCUCCUACAACCAUGGCCGGUGUUUUAUUUGAAGAUAUUUUCGAUGUUAAAGACAUUGAUCCUGAAGGAAAGAAAUUUGACAGAGUGAGUCGACUUCACUGCGAGAGUGAGUCAUUCAAGAUGGAUUUGAUUCUCGACAUCAAUUCGUGGCUGUUUCCAAUGGAUUUAGGCGAUAAAUUUCGGUUGGUUUUAGCCACAACGUUGCGUGAGGAUGGAUGUUCCGAUGCGGGUGAAUGGGCUCCGCAAGAUUUGGGCAUCCCGUCCCGUGCCGAUUCGUUCGAGUACGUCAUGUUCGGCAAAGUCUAUCGCAUUGAAGGCGAUGAAGGAUCGACCGAGCCGUCAUCUCGAUUAUCUGCCUAUGCGUCGUACGGAGGAUUGCUGAUGCGUUUGCAGGGAGAUGCCAACAAUCUUCACGGAUUCGAAGUCGAUCAACAAAUCUACCUGUUGAUUAAGAAACUUGCGUUUUAAAAAGUGGUAUGCAAACUUAUAAAUUACAAGUUUGGGAUACGAAUGAAUGUACUUCAUUAUUUCUUUGAAUACACUUGCAUUUUUUUGUAA